AUGAAGGCGAUAUCCCUAAUCGACGUCGAAAAACAUCAGGAAAGGGCCAAGGCAGUAUGGACCUUGGCGGCAUCUCCUCCGCUCGCCAUGAUGGAAGAACACCCCGAAGAAGCAGAAAUCAUUCGCAGACUUCAAGUCCUGGCAGAAGAAAGAUCAGGCGUAGGCCAGCAUUUCACUCGUGUUGCUGGGGCUUCUGGUCGCCUCUGUGAUAUUAUGCGAGACUCGAACUUGUGCCGAACAAGUCUACCAAAUUAA